AUGUCGUCCUCAGCGUCGCGCUCGAGCGGCGUCCACCAGGACUUCAUCGCCAGAAUCCGCUUCUCCAAUGCCCUACCACCGCCUCCAUGCCCGCCGAAGCUCCUCGACAUCCCCAACACCGGCCUCGCCAGUGGUCAAUACACCACCCCGGGCUUUGCUUCUCGUCUGGCGAGGGAGCAGCCGCUCAACGUCGAGGCAGAUGCCGAGCUGGGCAUGCCGCUCGACCUGGUGGGCAUGCCAGGCGUGUUUGACGGCGACGAGCGUUCAAUCCAGGCUCCUGCUCACACCCCACAAGUCCACCCGCACGACCGCCCUCUCCUGCGGCCGCUAUCCACACUCGGCAAACCAAAGGUCUCCGAAGUUGCCGUCUCUUUCCUUCGACGCACCGAGUACAUCUCGACCGGCGCCGUCAAGCGGUCCGAAGCCUCGCCUCUCCGCCCGGGCGCCGGCAACGCGAAACCCAAGCGGCCUGAGAAGAGGAAAUCGCCCGAGCCUGACGCGGGCACCCCUGCCUACGUGCGCCGCAAGAUCGAGCACAGCUUCGCCGUCACCCAGAAGGCGCUGCGCCCGGAGGGCCAGCGCAACAUCCGCCACCCCACCCGCAAGGGCCUCCGCCUGGUAGAGGCCUACCCCAUGAUCCCGGACCUCGACGCCUUCCCCGACAGCGGUGCCUAUGUCACCGUCAAGUUCGCGACGAACCCCGUGUCGGGCCACAUCGUCGGCGGCGGCACGGGCACCUCCAAGGCGUACGACACGCGCCUCCUCUCCGGUAUCUUCAAGCCUAUCGAGCGGUCGGCCACUGAGGAGGCGGCGUACGAGGCCGCGCUGGAGGCCUGGGAGCAGGACCCGGAGCGCAACCCCAAGCCGUCCAACACCAUGAACUACGACUUCUACCUGCCCGAGACCCAGGACACGGGCGACAAGUUCCGUGCCAAGUUCGACGUCGAGAACCCGGACCGCGACGACGCGGAUCUGUACACGGCCCAGUCGAGCGGGCAGGGCUGCUUCCAGUUCGCCCGCGUCCGCGGGUACGAGGCGUCGGACGAGAAGGAGCUCGCGCACGACACCAAGUACGACGAGGAGAUCAUCCUCUCCUUCACCGGCGACGGCAACGUCCCCGGCGGCAAGGUCGCCGGCGCGUCCAAGGGCGGCGCGGUGCUCUACUACCCCGUCAUGCAGCGCAGCACCGUCCGCUCGCAGCGCGGCAAGAACAUCGCCAAGGUGACCGGCGGCUUCGGUGGCGGCGGCGUCGGUAGGAACGACGAGGAGAUCAUCGACCAGCUGGACGUGACGCUCGAGGACCCCAACGAGGAGAUGCUAGAGCACGUGGCGCGCAUCAAGGCCGACCCGCUGCACUUCCACGAGCAGGAGGAGGAGGAGGAGGAAGAGCAGGCCCGGGCCGAGGAGCAGUCGCAUGAGGUGCGGGAUGACGAGGAUGAGGAUGCACCCCGUGGCAACCGGGACGGCGCCGAUAGCGACGACGAAGCCCGCAGCCCCGAGACGAAUGGGAACCGACGCGGCGUCGAGUCAGAAGAGGAUGAUGCCGAAGGGGAUGAGGAGGAGUAG